GUUAGAAAGCCUUGAGCCCAGUGGUUAGCGGUCUCUGGUGCUGCGCAAUUGCAUUGUGUUAUUGGUGGAAAAUCUAACUGUUGAUGCAUUCGGACAGCAAUGUGAAAUUGGUCACACAUAUGUAGCUCCAAGUAAUAAAUGCAAUCAUGCAUACACAUCUAGCCGUCACAUGUUUGUGUGUGAUGUCAAUGCUGUAGUUUUUUUUGGACGUCAGUGGUGAUGCGCAUACAACUGGAAUAAGGAAGUAACAGCUGAGAUGGUCAGCAACAGAAAUAUUAUCUUGGGGGUUUCUUUAGUUAAUUUGUCAAAAUUAUCCACAAAAGUUUUUGGUCAGCUGAAUGUUGCCCAGCUUGUGGAUGCUAAUCUCAAAGAUAUUGAGCGACACUUGGCAUGUUUUGUCAUUAAUGUUUGUAAUUUGAGUGUACAUGGGAAUGUUGCUUGGGUAAAGCAUAUAGUGACAGACUUGUGCAAUGUCAUACACAAGCUCAUAGAAAGUAGCAAGAAACAGGUCAUCUGCAAGUAUGGUUGUGCAGACAUCAGUAUGACAUUGGACGAACUACUGGAGCUGUUGGAGGAGGCGUUCGAUGCCGCGAUGGCCCUGCUGGGGCCGCUGGUUGGCUUCAGCCCGGAGCAGAUCGCUAAGGCCGACGCCGACCUCCACGCGCUGGUGACCACCAUCAAGCGCCUGGAGCGCCGGGACAUCGAGGCGCAGACAGCCGCCGAACGCAUCGUCCGCGAUCUGAUGGAGCUUCUCAACGACCUCGGCGUCGACCCGCACUUCCCUACGGACGACACGCCGACGGCGCUGGACGCCGCGCUGGAGGCGUUGCUCGGCGUGCUGGACGGCGCCCUGGACUUUUACGGGCCGCGUUACAACCUGGACCCGUACACGCUGAAGGUCAUUAAGGCCGACCUGGCCGGUCUGAUGUCAGACAUCCGCACCAUCGAGCACGGCCACACCCCGCUCACCGACGGCCUGGUCCGCAUCGUCGACGACGUCUUCAGUAUGCUGAGGGACUUCGGCGUGCCGGUGCUGGACACAGAAUCAUCUGUUCACCUCGCUGAGAAGUCAGCCCUGUUGAGAAGACAACUGCAGACACUAAUGGGUGUCAUCAGUGCCGCCCGGAACCCGCCCAGAGCUCUGGCGGCUCCGUCGGUGGCCGACAUUAGAAAGCUGGAGUCGGACCUGGUCGCGCUUGGGGAAAACCGUGACGGGGUCACACUUUUUGAGGUGGUUCACGAUAUGACGCAGGUGGUCAGGCGGUUUGUGCGCGUACUGGCAUAAACGGAGGCUUGAUUUCAGUGUGCU